GCGUGCGCGCUGUCACUACGGAGUAGGACUAUGGCGGACCCAGAGGCGUUGGGCUUCGAACACAUGGGCCUGGAUCCCCGGCUUUUGCAGGCCGUCACCGACCUGGGCUGGUCGCGGCCUACGCUGAUCCAGGAAAAGGCCAUCCCACUGGCCCUGGAGGGGAAGGACCUUCUGGCUCGGGCUCGCACGGGCUCCGGGAAGACGGCCGCAUAUGCUAUUCCGAUGCUGCAGCUGCUGCUCCACAGGAAGGCGACAGGUCCUGUGAUAGAACAGGCUGUGAGAGGCCUUGUCCUUGUUCCUACAAAGGAGUUGGCACGGCAGGCCCAGAUCAUGAUUCAGCAGCUGGCUACCUACUGUGCUCGGGACAUCCGGGUGGCCAAUGUCUCUGCUGCUGAAGACUCAGCCUCUCAGAGAGCUAUGCUGAUGGAGAAGCCAGAUGUGGUGGUGGGGACCCCAUCCCGCAUAUUAAGUCACUUGCAGCAGGACAGCUUGAAACUGCGUGACUCCCUGGAGCUGCUGGUGGUGGAUGAGGCUGAUCUUCUUUUUUCCUUCGGAUUUGAAGAAGAACUCAAGAGUCUUCUCUGUCACUUGCCCCGGAUUUACCAGGCUUUUCUCAUGUCGGCUACUUUUAACGAGGAUGUACAAGCACUCAGGGAGCUAGUACUACAUAACCCGGUUACCCUCAAGUUGCAGGAGUCCCAGCUGCCAGGGCCAGACCAGUUACAGCAGUUUCAGGUGGUCUGUGAGACUGAGGAAGACAAAUUCCUGCUGCUGUAUGCCCUGCUCAAGCUGUCAUUGAUUCAGGGGAAAUCCCUGCUCUUUGUCAACACUCUAGAGCGGAGUUACCGGCUACGCCUUUUCCUGGAGCAGUUCAGCAUCCCCACAUGUGUGCUUAAUGGAGAACUCCCACUGCGCUCCAGGUGCCACAUCAUCUCACAGUUCAAUCAAGGCUUCUACGACUGUGUCAUAGCAACUGAUGCCGAAGUCCUGGGGGCCCCAGUCAAGGGCAAGCAUCGGGGCCGAGGGCCCAAAGGGGACAAGGCCUCUGAUCCGGAGGCAGGUGUGUCCCGGGGUAUAGACUUCCACCAUGUAUCUGCUGUGCUCAACUUUGACCUUCCCCCCACCCCUGAGGCCUACAUCCAUCGAGCCGGCAGGACAGCACGGGCCAACAACCCAGGCAUAGUCCUGACCUUCGUGCUACCCACAGAGCAGUCCCACUUGGGCAAGAUUGAAGAGCUGCUCAGUGGAGAGAAUGGGGCCCCCAUCCUGCUCCCCUACCAGUUCCAGAUGGAGGAGAUCGAGGGCUUCCGCUAUCGCUGCAGGGAUGCCAUGCGCUCAGUGACUAAACAGGCCAUACGGGAGGCGAGAUUGAAGGAGAUCAAGGAGGAGCUUCUACACUCAGAGAAGCUCAAGACAUACUUUGAAGACAACCCCAGGGACCUCCAGCUGCUGCGGCACGACCUGCCCUUGCAUCCUGCGGUGGUGAAGCCUCACCUAGGCCAUGUCCCUGACUACCUGGUUCCUCCUGCUCUUCGUGGCCUCAUGCGCCCUCACAAGAAGCGGAAGAAGCCGUCCUCCUUCAGGAAGGCCAAGAAGGUGAAGGCCCAGAAUCCACUACGCAGCUUCAAGCACAGAGGAAAGAAAUCCAGACCUGCAGCGAUGCCCUCCUGAGGUCUCCGGGCGCCUGGGGGGCUGAGCACAGUGUAGAGCAGCUCCCUGGCCUGCAGGGGUGGCACAGCUCUGGCAUUUACUGCACUGCCUGGACAGACUGAAUUCCGGGACAGCCAGUGCUGGGCCCUCCAGCUCCUUGGCACUUCCAGGCCCCUUAACAACAGAAUAAAGUUUUUAGCUGCCCCUG